AUGACGAUCUCUAAAAAUGUGGAUGAUAGAUUUGAUGGAAUGCUUUUAAAUAUUGCCCAAGGAGCUGAAGGCAUUGAAAAUUUUUUAGAUAUAGUUUUUGGUUUUUUAUUAAGAAAGACAGAUUUCUAUACUGCUAUGGAGAACUCAGAAGUAGAGAAAGUAUUAAUGCGUCAUUUUCAUAAAUUUCAGGCAAUGGCAGAUGAAAAAAGAUUAGAAGAAAAACAAAGGAUGUUGAAGAUAGAAGAAGAACGUCGAAAACAUAUGGCUGAAGCAAAAAAAAGAGGAGAAUCUGAAACUCAUGCCAAGUUACAACAGAAAUUGCAAAAUACUCCUAAAGUUGUUGAAAUAAAUUCAGAUAAUGAAGAAGAAUCUAUACCACCAUUAGGAAAUGGUGGUUCUACUGAUAAAUAUACAUGGACUCAAACAUUAAGUACUGUUGAGAUGCAGAUACCAGUAAUAUCUGGAAUAAGAUCCCGUGAUUGUAAUAUUAAAAUAACUCCAAAUAAAUUGACUGUUAUUGUAAAAUCUGAAAAGUUCAUUGAUGGUGAAUUUCAUGCUAAAGUUAAAGCUGUUGACUCUAUGUGGUCAAUCAUAGACAAUAAAAUUAUCCAAAUAACUUUAGAAAAACAAGAUACAAUGAAUUGGUGGUCUUGUGUAAUUAAAGGAGAUCCGGAAAUUGAUACUACUAAAAUAGUUCCAGAAAAUUCCCGUUUAUCUGAUUUAGAUCCUGAAACUAGGACUACAGUAGAAAAAAUGAUGUUUGAUCAAAGACAAAAAUCUAUGGGAUUACCAACUAGUGAUAACCUAAAACAAUAUGAAAUGUUGGAGAAAUUUAAAGCUGCACAUCCUGAGCUAGAUUUUUCUCAAGCUAAGAUUAACUAUGGAGGAGGGUUUUAA